AUGGCUAAUGAAGGUGAUGAUUCUGGUAUCUCUCCUGAAAGUUCGAGUUCAAGGUAUAUGGUUGUUCGGCCUGAAAGGGGUGGAAUCAGAGAUCUUUUCCGAUUCUUACUGACAGGCAACAGAGCAAGCGCCGCCAAAUUCUUCGAGAGCUCCGACGAAGACGUGGUUGCUGAGGGGUCGUUGGGUGGCGGUAGACGCGGAACUCCUGACCACUGUGCAAGGUAUCUGAUUAUUCGGCCCGAAAAUGGUGGAAUCAGAGACCUUUUCCGAUUUUUGCUAUUUGCCGACAGAGCAAGCGCCUCUAAAUUCCUCCAGGGCUCCGACGAUGGCGUGGUCUCGGAGGCGUUGUGGGGCGGCAGAAGAGGCGCGAUGCCAGAUCAUCGUUGGGUGAUAUUUGUGUCUAUCAUAUUCAGAAAAAUAAUCUCUCUGUUUGCUAAGCCCAUGGAGUGGAUUGGCUACUUGUUCGAGUUCCUUCUCAAUCUCCUCUCCGACAAUGGAAGCCUCCUCGGUUUAUUAUACAACCUCCUCCGCGUAAGGGUGAUAAUGCCAGAAAGAGGCUCAGAAACUUUCAUAAGUGCAAUUGGGCAUUUAGAUGGGCGCAUAGAUCUAUACGAGACUAGAGCGGCUUCUGCGGGGAGGACUUUACAGUAUGAACUUGGAGACCGGGAUCUUAUGGACCUUUGCAUGAUGGCCUCUAAGUUAGCCUAUGAGAAUGAGAAGGUUGUUGAGAACAUUGUAGAUCACCAUUGGCAGGCAUGCUUUUCUCUUUGCUUAUGCAUUUUGUGGAUUUCUACAGUUGUUGGAAUGGUAAGAAAUGAGUUGGAGAUAUAUCUACAUUCAUUAAAAGCGGCUGGAAAUUACCAGAAGGAGAAGUCAACCCAAGUUUUCAUAGUAUGCGACAAGGUGGAAGAUGCAAAUUUGGUACUAAUCAGUUUCCGGGGCACAGAGCCAUUUGAUGCUGAUGAUUGGAGUACUGAUUUUGACUAUUCUUGGUUUGAGAUGCCAAAAUUGGGAAAGGUCCACAUGGGUUUCUUAGAAGCCUUGGGUUUGGGCAGCAGGAUCGAUACCUCCACCUUCCACAAUCUUCUUCAAGAAAAAGAGGUAGAUAAUAAGACUGGUGAGAAAACACCCAUCACAGAAAUGGUGGAGAUGAGCGCAUAUUUCACUGUGAGAAGUAAACUGAAGAGCUUACUUAAUGAACAGAAGGCUGCGAAGUUCAUAGUCACUGGCCAUAGCUUGGGAGGGGCCCUUGCUAUAUUGUUUGUGACUGUACUGGUGCUGCAUGAGGAGAGGGAACUCAUGGAAAGGUUGUUGGGCGUGUACACAUAUGGGCAACCUAGAAUUGGAAACAGACAGUUGGGGAGGUUCAUGGAAGCCUAUUUGGACCAUCCGCUCCCAAAGUACUUCAGAUUGGUCUAUUGCAAUGAUCUUGUGCCAAGGUUGCCUUAUGAUAACAGAACCUUCCUGUAUAAGCAUUUCGGGGCAUGCCUGUACUAUAAUAGCCUCUACAGUGAACAAAAAGUUAACGAGGAGCCAAACAGAAAUUAUUUUGGUAUCUGGUACCUGAUUCCAGAGCAUCUAAAUGCUGUUUGGGAGCUGCUAAGGAGCUUCAUGAUGGGCUACAUGUACGGAGUGGAGUACAAGGAAGGUUGGUUGGCAGUAUUGCUGAGGGUGGUAGGAUUGGCAGUCCCUGGUAUCUCAGCACACAGCCCCAUAAAUUAUGUAAACUCCAUAAGGCUUGGAAGGGACAAAACCAUCCGGAUGUCCACUUUAUGA